AUGCCUGACCCAGAGAAGGCCGCCAAAGCAGAUGCUGAAGAAGAGACAACCUCGGGUCGGCAAUCUCCUCUCACCCUCAAUGUGCCUGGUCAACAGACCGCCCCCAAGGGGACAGCUUCUGGCAACACUCAAGGACGCAGCUCACGUCAGACUUCUCCAGCUCGUCUCUCCAACGAGCUCACACUCAAGGUGAGAUCUCAAAUGAGUCGUUUCAAUACCAUAAAACUCAUUGCAGACGCGAAGGUUGUUGACCCCGAGAGCACAUCACUAGGGGAGGUCAAAGCAGCGCUGUCUCAAUUGGAGGAGCUACACAAGGCGUUCUUGAAGGAGCACGCUUAUUUCGAGAUAACAUGGCCUGAGGCAUAUUUGGAUCAUGAAUAUUUUGCGGACAACAUCCAUGAAAAGGAAGCUCAUCUCGUGAUCUCAGCUAAGCUACUGCUCAACAAGGUCAAACAGCGACUCACACCAUCUUCACCGCGUGCAGCCUCUCCUGAUCCGGAAAAGCCAGUCCACUCACGUUUGCCAGACAUUAAGUUGCCCAAAUUUAAUGGUGACUACUCAACGUGGCCCACAUUUCGUGAUCUUUUCUCCUCUGUAAUCUUGCAGCACUCAAAGCUCAAUGACGUGGAGAAACUUCACUAUCUCAGAGGCUGUGUGCAGGGCUCAGCGGAACAGCUCAUUCGAGGUUUACCUCUCACCGGAGAAUCUCUCCAGCCAUCCUGGGAGCUGCUCACCUCGAGGUUUGAUAAUAAGAGACUCAUCAUACAGGCUCACCUUGACGGUCUCCUUAACCUCUCACAUGCCUUACCCAAGAACGCCGCAUCGCUCACCAAGCUAGUCUCAACGGUGUCCGAGAUUGAUAAGGCUCUGAGUUCGCUUGGCAUGGCGGAGCACAUGUGGAAUUGCUUCUUGGUCCAUCACGUGUCACGCUUCCUGGAUAGAGACACCAGAGAGGCGUGGGAAACCUCGCUUGGAUCAUCUCAAGAGGCGCGAGCAAUGGAGAGGGUGGAGGUCACACCUUCUCCCUCGGACCACUCAUUGGAAGUCACACCCAGUUCAUCUAAAUCUGCGAUGAAAAGGGUGACUGCUCACCAAGUAUCUGCUCCCACACAUUCUCAGUCAUUCUCUGCUGCGGCUCACCCGUGUGACCUGUGCAAUGGACAGCACUUCAUUGUAACGUGCUCCAAGUUCAGAGAUCUCACGCCAGCACAACGGAAGACCACCGCAAUCGUCAAGGAAUCAAUUCAAGCUCACGCACAUUAUUCAACGCUACUUGCAACUGCAAUGGCAUGCAUACACUCAACGGUCUCAACACAUCAAGCAAGGCUACUCAUCGAUCAAGGAUCUGAGCUCACAUUCAUCACGGAGGAUCUCGUCAGACAACUCAACAUACAACGUCGACACGCAACUGUCUCAAUCAUUGGCAUUGGAGCCAGGAAAACGACUAGGACCAAGGGCGUGGUGACACUCACGCUUCACUCCUAUCAUUCUAAGCAUACUGCCAUCAUUCAAGCCCACGUCCUCAAAACACUAACGACCAUUCUACCAUCUUUUACAGCACCUCAACAAACGUGGCCACACAUAGAACCUCUGACAUUGGCAGACCCACAGUUCCUCACGCCACGCUCAAUCGACAUCAUCAUUGGAGCUGAUUCAUACGGGCAGAUCAUCAAGCCCAACAUCAUUAAACGAUCUCCUGACAUGCCAAUCGCUCAACUCUCAAUAUUUGGUUGGCUAGUGCUUGGUCCAGUCAGCUUGUCACCAUCACAAUUGUCGACUGCGCAUCACAUCAAGGUUAAACAGUACGAUCUCGAUCUUCAAGAAUUGCUGACAAGGUUCUGGGUGCAAGAAGAGCUACCAACUGAUGCAACAGACCAGCUUACCUUGGAAGAACAACAAUGUGAAGAUCAUUACAAGGCCACACACUCUAGAGAUCCAACGGGACGAUACAUUGACAAGGAAUAUCAGAGCCUCUACACCAAAUUCAUGAGCGAGUAUGAACAACUCAAGCACAUGGUGAAAGUUGGAUCACAACCAUCAUCCGAUGUUCCGCCAUAUUAUUUGCCUCACCAUGGUGUGCUCAAACCCGACAGUACAACAACAAAACUGCGGGUUGUCUUUAAUGGCUCAAGUCCGACCUCAUCAGGAUUAUCUGUAAACGAUCUCAUGCACACUGGUGCAAAUCUAUUGCUCAAUGUUUCAGACGUUCUCUUGUGGAUUCGUAGUUACAGGUACAUCUUUGCCACAGACAUAACAAAGAUGUACCGACAAAUCAAGGUACACCACUCAGACUGGGAUCUGCAGCGCAUUCUGUGGAUCGACGAACAUCACAAUGAAACAUCAUAUCAUCUCACCACGGUCACUUAUGGAACGAAGGCCGCUCCAUUUCUCGCAGUAAGGACACUCAUGCAACUGGCCGAAGAUGAAGGCCAUCGAUUUCCACUGGCAGUGCCAUCAAUCACUCGUGGGAGGUACGUGGAUGAUAUUUUUUGUGGUGGUGACACAGCAGAACAGCUCAUAGAAAUUGCCCAUCAAUUAGAAGAUCUCUGCCAGGCGGGCGGAUUUCCUCUUGCCAAAUGGCACUCCAAUCAUCCAGAAUUGUUAAACGCCAUCUCAUUGACAGUCUCGAUCAACUCACCAGUCUCACUUGACGAUUGCGCAACCAAAAUCCUCGGAUUAAAGUGGCUGCCUCAAGAUGUUUUUACAUUCUCAACAAGCUCAAUUUCUCACCAAGAACAGCUCACCAAGCGACGUGUACUAUCUGAAGUGGCACAGAUAUUUGAUCCACUUGGUUUUGUCUCACCAAUCGUAAUACGAGCCAAGAUGCUUCUUCAAGAACUCUGGCUCCACAAGAUCAACUGGGAUGAACCGUUACCAUCUCAAGUUGUCUCGCGGUGGCUCAACAUCAGAAAAGAUCUCACAAGCCUGGCCAGGCUCUCAAUUCCACGCUGGUUCAACACAAGCAGUGACUCAACGGUUGAAUUACAUGGCUUUUCUGAUGCAUCUCAAUUUGCCAUGGCUGCAGUCGUAUACAUGGUCGUGCACACGCCGUCCAAGGACGCCAAAACUUCUCUCAUAUGCUCAAGAACAAAGGUAACUCCAUUGAAGAGGCUCACUAUCCCAAGGCUAGAACUCACAGCAGCGCUGCUUCUCUCAAAAUUGGUGAAAUAUGUCCAUGCCACACUCAAAAUGGACAUCAAGGAAACAUAUUUAUGGACGGACUCUCAAGUGACGCUCACAUGGAUCAAAACACACUCAUCUCGAUGGAAGGAUUAUGUGCGCAACAGGGUAUCACAAAUCCAAGAACUCACGAUACAUGCUCAUUGGAAAUUUGUUCCAGGUACAAUCAAUCCGGCUGACUGUGCAUCUCAUGGUGUAACGACAGCUCAACUUGAAGAUCAUACCUUGUGGUGGGCAGGACCACCAUGGUUGGCUCAACCGAAAGAUCGCUGGCCCGCUCAACCAACGUGCUCGGACGAGCAGUGUACAACAGAAUCGCGUCCAGGAGUGUCACUCUUCACAACUAACAUGAAGGUGGAUUACGACUGGGAUCUCAUCUACAAGUAUUCAUCGCUCAAUCGACUGCUCAGAAUCACAGCUCUCUGUCAGGUAUUUAUUCGACGAUUGAGAAAUCGACACGAUGGCCCUCAAGCCUCACAUAUCUCAGUCGCUGACUUAGAGCAAGCUAAAAUCUUCUGGAUCAAGAUUACACAAUCAACAUUUUUUGCGCAUGAGCUGAAGAUGCUCAGCUCACAAUCACGUCUAGCAACUUCUCAUCCAUUCAGUCGUCUCACAGCAUUUAUUGAUCAUCAAGGAGUUGCUCGUGUGGGAGGACGACUCAAGAAUUCCACCCUCAAUUAUGAAGGCAAACACCCUGCAAUACUCCCUCGCCAUUCGAGAUUGUCUGAAUUAAUCAUCAGCUGGUCCCACCAACGGACACUACAUGGAGGAACGCAACUCACCUUGGCGCAUAUCAGGCAAUCAUAUUGGAUCAUCGGUGGACGUGCUCCAGUAAAAUCUCAUAUCUUGCGGUGUGUGGUGUGUGCUCGACAAAGGGGGAUUCGUGCCCAUCAACUGAUGGGCCAACUACCUCUACCUCGGGUCACACCCUCACGCGCAUUCACGCAUACUGGCAUUGAUUACGCUGGACCACUCACACUCAAAACAUGGAAGGAAAGAGGAGCCAAAACUCACAUAGGCUGGAUUUGUGUGUUUGUCUGUCUCACCACAUCUGCAGUUCAUUUAGAAGUUGUUUCAGACUACUCAACGGACGGAUUCAUCUCAACGUACAGAAGAUUUGUCUCAAGAAGAGGCAUCCCUCAUUCAUUGUACUCUGACUGUGGCACAAACUUUGUCGGAGCAGAGAAAUCACUCCAGACAUUGUUCACAGAGAGUUCUCAAGAUAACCGGCGCAUCUCAUCUCUGCUUGCUCAAGAUCGCAUUUAA